UCUGUCUGUCUGCCCUGUGAUGGACUGGCGACCUGUCCAGGGUGUAUUCUGCUUUUGGCAUGGGCUCCAGCGACCCUGAGGGAGAAGCGGCUUAGAAAAUGUGUGUGUGAGACUAUGAAUGACAAAAAUACUGUCUAUUAACCAUACAUAUUACUGUUUAACCUAUUCAUGUCCAACAAAUUUGGUCUGACAAGGAAAAAGAAAGUAACUUGUAAUUUAUUUACACUUUUGUUUACAAUUUAGAUUUUCCAUUGUUUUGUUUAAAAAAAAACAUAGUCCCAUAUGACCAAAAGACUGAAUUUAAUAGGAUAAAGUGAUUAAAACUUUGUUUAGUCACAUGGCUUCAUCAGUUAGAUUUUUCCUUUAAAUUUGUGCUCAUACAACCUUAAAGUUUCAGAUAUGGACAUUAAUGGGUUGAGCUUGCCUUUGAUAUUAAUUAGUUAAUUGUUUGGGCUCUGGUGGUGCAUUGGGAAGUAUGACCUUGAUAAUCAAUAGUGUUUUUGAAAUUCAUUGAAAAGUCUGCAUUGUAAGCUCAAGUAUGUUAUUCAAGCUGUGUGUUUUCAAGUUAUGUUUUGGUUCUGAAACAUUUUAUUGACACUAGUAAGACACCAGUUUCAUUUCUUAUAGCGUUCCUCUUUUUAAGCAGGCAGCACCAGCACUAUAAAUGAUAAGCGAUUCAAAUUAUAGCAAGAAACUCUUUUGGAACCGUACAAAACGUAUGGAGCCAUACAAAACGUAUGGAGCAGCGCUUCAAUGUGCUUCUGUCUUUUUGUAACACUUCUGGGCCCUCCAUUCAUUCAUAUCAUUGAAAACCUAAUUUCCUAAUUUUUGUAGAAUAUAUGAAAAUAUAUUCAGCCUACAGCAGUUAAGGAGUGUUUCAGCCUGGACUGCUUUUUUAAUGAUGCAAAAUACAGGACAACCAAUCAGAAAGUAGCUCAUUUACAUAUAUUGCACAGAAUAUAGCACAGAAACAAAACCAGUUUGUUUAAUUCUAAGGGAUAUGUAACAAUUAAUUGACUAUUUUUGGUACAUAAAAUCACCCAGAUAUCUUAAGUGUAUCUCAGGGGAAGAAAUAAGAUACAAAGAAAUAUAUCUGAUAUAUAUUUAUAUGCCCAUUAAGGAACUGGUAAUAGGUUUCAUAUCUGUAUGUAAUUAAUUUAUUAAUUUCUUUGAAUUAAAACAAAUACAGCGAGAAAUUAAUAUAUGGCCAAACUACAGUUUAAGAAUAAGUGCUUUAUUAUUUUCACAUUCUCUACCAUAUGUUUUGUCAAUAAUACUAUGUAUUUAUUUAUGCUGCUGCCUUUUACUGGACUAAUUUAUGAAGUUAGAUUACACACCGACACUUAAUCUGCUGUUGUGACACUGAAGUGUGUCCUAUAAUUAUGCAGUGAUAAUGGAUCUUAUCUUGUCACACCAGUAACUUAAACCUCAUUAUGAAGAGGGCAGUACUUUAGAAAGUGAAGCCCUCUGUCUCGAGCCUGAGCUACACCCAUUUAAACGCUUUUGUGCUCAGCCUGUGGGGGUGGGAGUGGUAGACAGGUCUGUACAGUAACUUAGUCAUCACGAAUGUCAUUUGCUCAGCCUGCUUCUGAAAAGAAAAUAUGUACAUGUACAGUAUAUUUUUAUACAUUGAAUGUAUGUUUGUUUCUUUUGUUACGGCCCUCAAUGACACAUUGUUUUCAUUCAGAAGUUAAUAAAAUCUGGAUUCGGAUGUUUUUGUGAACCAUGGCUACAGAGUUUGUUGUUGUGUUGCUUUGGUAACAUUCUUUGGGCUCCAUUUGUUAGGUCAGGAGGAUGUGCAAGCAAGGUUGACAUGUAGGUUGAUGGGUUGAUUUAUAUAAAUGAAAUCAUUGCAGUUGCUUGGGCAGGUGGAUGUUUUCUGUGACUUAUUUGCAUGGAGAAGGGCUUAGCCUUCACAGCUUGACAUCAGAUUGUUGAUGUUGGCAACUUCAGCUACAGAUGAAGCCAUGAAGAAGGAUAAAGUUAAGUACACAUACCUAUUUAACAGGGGCCCUAGGUCAUCCCCAUCUGAGGGUGGUAUAAAAGUGGAAGAUGACUCAACACAGGAGAGUGUGUAUGACCGCGCAGCAAGAGUCAUCCAGAGGAUGUGGAGGAAGCAUGUUAACAUCUCUGUUUUCAAAUACUUCAAAAGCCUGGUGAACUUCCGUAGUCAAGGUGACCCACGACUCCUCCUCAAAUACGUCAACCCCAGAGAGGCUGAUAUGCUGGAUGCUGCUUCAGGUGUCUCCAUACGAUUCAGGCUGGGUGGAACAAACUUUCCUCCAAAUAUUUACUACAAGAUCUUCACCCACCGUCCAAUUGUGGACCUGUGUGCCAGUAGCCCAAAGGACUACACACAUGAUGGGCAGAAGAUGCCUGUUCCCAGGCAGAUCCAUAAUGACCAGCCUUUAGUCCACGAUGACCACUCUGGCUGGUACCGUCGGGAGGAGAACAAUGGCUGGAGGCUGCUUUCUGGCAAGAUUUCCCUCUUUGGAGACCCACUGACUCAAAACAAUAGUAAAAGGAUUGAAUUCCACCACAGCAAAAUCCAUAGACAGCAAGACGUUGAGAGAAAAAAGAAGAUCCGGAAAAUUGAAUGGAUGAAAAAAAUGUAUGAUGAGGGAGCUCUGCAUGCUCGCACUGAGCACAGAGAAACAGCCCAGCUGGUGGAGAACUCCACACAGGGCAUGAUGAGGGCAGUCCAGCAGCAAGGCCCCGACACCAUCCUCGAUUGGGAGAUAGAUGAGCUGAUUGAAUGGACCAACGCACUCAACUUUGAUGAGUACUUAAAGGAAUGGAAAGAUGUGGGCAUCAGUAAUUCGUCAGCAUUCAGAAAAGAUAAACAGGUAGUUCUCUCUGAACAUGAUCCCUGUGAGUUCUCUCAGCCCACACAGGACAGCAGUCAGGUGGUCACCAAAAGCAGUGUCCUCCCUGCUCAUGUGUCCAGUCUGAUUAAAUCGGAGUACUCAAGAUCUAACAUCUCAGAUUGGAUCAUAUGAUACAGUUCAUGGACUGACAGUGCUGAUGCU